AUGGAGCAGCAGGCUAGGUAUCCCCAUACUUGGAGUUUGGUGGAUAAGGGCUCGCGGCAAAAGAAGUGCCUUAACUGCGGGGCACAGGGUCAUCGCGCCAAGGAGUGCAAGGCUCCCGGAGGUGGUUCCGCGUCUCAAAAAGGGUCUUCGAAGGGAGAUAUAGUUGGGGCCAGUGACACCGGUGCUACCUCCUCUCCGACCCCCACUUCGGAGGCCUCACGUCGUGUGAACUUUGACGUUGCGGAUGUCCAGGCCAAGGUCAUCCGCGUCCUGAGCGAGCUAGAGAACUUGCCGUGCUUAGGCCCUACUGUGGCUUCCCUUGGGGCCUGGGGACGAAGUAAGAUUUUUGGGGUGAACAGUGGAAGACGAGCCCUACUUGACUCGGGGGCUACGCAUCCGCUCAGACACCCGCGUGAUGAUGGUGAAUGGAGCAACGCUCAGGAUGUGAGCGUACAGCUUGCAGGUGACGCCCGCACGCAGAUGAAACAGACCAUCGCGGGCACUUUGUUGAGUACCGAUGAUCUUUCACAGGUCAUAGUCCCUUUGGUGGGGAAAGUAAUCGCCAAUCUUGGAUACCGGCUCCACUGGACAGCGCAGGCGUGUCAACUCGUCGGAUCCAACGAUGAGAUCUUACCGUUGGAAAUAAGAAAUGGAUGUCCCGAGAUCGGCGAGAAAACCGCGCACUACCUCAUCGAGCAGCUGGAGCAGCAGCAGCUUGCCGAGCUGGACAGUACCACCCAGACAAGCUUGCGGGCACUGACGAAACUGAAGGCAAGCUGGUGGUCCUAUCUCCAGGACUAUGUGAAAGAAGGCGAUGUGCAACAAGCCCGCGCAGCGGUUGACAAGGCGGUCUUCUUUGACUACAAGUAUGAUAUCAAAGACCGUCUGAUAAUCCCACGAUCAGAGCGAUCCGUGUGGGAUCUCUUGAAAGACAUCUCUGUGAAUAGACGGGCGAGAAAGCGGUUGUUGAGGGCGGCCGCUUGGAUAGUGAGAUGGGAUCCCCCCACAGUCGAGCGAUUCAAGGACCCGCUGAAGCAUCUUUCGUACUUUGGGGACCGGGUGUAUGUGAAUGUCAACGCCAUGGUCGUGGAUAAUGACUUCGAGGAUGUUUGGAAGGUGCUUCAUUGGGCAGCUGUCAGUAGUUGCCGCUCCCCACCGCAGUAA